AUGGCGUCAGCUGGGUCUCUGGACGAGUCGGCUGAGAUGGCGUCCGUGGCGAGCGCGUGGUCCGAGACGUCGUCGCUGGCGUGGGAGGUUACCGUGGGCGACGGAGUGGACGGGGCAGACGACGGAGUGGACCUUCUGAGUGUCCUGCAGGGGGCGCUCUACCUGCUGGUGUGCGUGUGCGGGCUGGCGGGGAACGCGCUGGUGGCGGUCGCCGUGGUGAUGAGGGACCGGCUGGCGUCAGCCACUAGCGUGUACGUGCUGACCCUGGCGCUGGCCGACGGCCUCUUCAUGCUCGGCCUCCCGCUGCUCGCCACCCAGACACUGCUGGGCCGAUGGCCGUUCGGGGAGGCCGCGUGCCGCUUGACCAUGGCGCUGGACGGCAUGAACCAGUUCACCAGCGCCUUCUUACUCGCCGCCAUGGGGCUGGACCGCUACGCUGUGCUGACCGCUCCACUGCGCUGGUGGGCCUGGCGGUCUCCGCGGCGGGCGGGGCUGGUGGCGUCGGCGCUCUGGCUGCUCUCGCUGACCCCCGUGUUGCCCGUGGCGACACGCUUCUCGGCGCGGAGCGGCUACUGUGCUCUGGACGCGGAGCUGAUGGAGGGGGCCGGCGGCCUGCUGUUCCUGACCAGCGCCUUCCUGCUGGGCUUCGCGCUGCCGCUGGGCGUCAUGGUGAGCACGUGUGGGGCGUUGGUGUGGCGACGGCAGGCCGGGGCGGUCGUCACGGAGACGGAGCGGGCGGAGCGGCAGGUGGGGGUCAUGGUGGCGGCGGUGGCCGGCGUCUUCGGGGUCUGCUGGCUGCCCUUCUACCUGCUCAACUUCCUGUCGCUGUGUCUGGACGCGGCGCUGCUGGACGAGGGGUUCGUGAGGGCCUUCGAGGCGGCUGUGCUGCUGUCGUACGCCUGGAGCUGCGCCAACCCCGCCCUCUACGCCCUCCUCUGCCCCACCCUCAGACGACACUUCUCCACCCUGCUCUGCCCCCACAAGCACCCCCCCACGUCCCACACACACACACGCACACACACACACACACACACCGAGCGCUACCACCUCAAUGACACCGCCCUACCUGACCCAGGUGAGGUGGUGUAACACUACACACCUGAACCACACUGCCCUACCUGACCCAGGUGAGGUGGUGUGAGGACAUCUUCACAAGGCUCCAACAGCGACAGGUGUGGACAUUUUCACCUGAGCUGACCGCUUGUGUUCCGUAACUAUGCAUCUCUGAGCUGACCGCUUGUGUUCCGUAACUACGCAUCUCUGAGCUGACCGCUUGUGUUCCGUAACUACGCAUCUCUGAGCUGACCGCUUGUGUUCCGUAACUACACAUCUCUGAGCUGAAGUCGUAGCAGGACAGAAACUCCAUAAUAAUCAUCUCUCAAGUGACAGAGGAGGUGCCAGGCGGUGAGUGACAGCUAAUCAGGAUGCAGGGUGAAACCUCCAGCCAAUCAGGAUGCAGGGUGGAUCAUCCAGAACAGCGCCCUCUGGAAUCUCUGCUGUGGAUUACACACACACACAUAGAUAGUAAUGCUUCAAUACUGUAAUGACUGGCAUUGCUAUGCUAGCCCAUAUAGUUCCAGGCUAUUUGUCUUCAGCUCUAGUGCUACACUGAUGGACAACACAAAUGUUUAGCUCAUAUACGUUAGAGGAACAACACAAAAUGAAAUAUUAGCUUCACUGAAUAAGCUAGGUUAUUUACUGAGUUCAGUAUUGUGUAAAUGGUGUUUACUUGUUUGGAUAAUCAUUUUAGGCAUUUUUACCCUACUAAAUAAUCUAGGCUGUUUACUGAGUUACUUAUUCUGUAAGUGGUGUUGACUUGUUUUGAUAAUCAUUAUGACGUUAUAAAGUCGUUCCCACUGCAGCUGCUGGUUAAAACUCUGAUGAACACUGAUGUAGCACCAAGAGAAACAAACAAAACACACACGCUAACACACACACACACACACGUUAACAAACAAAACACACACGCUAACACACACACACACACGUUAACAAACAAACAGACUAGGGCUAUCCAAGGUUCGAAGCCGAAUCUUCAGCUUUUUAAUGGAAUUCGGAUUCCAUUGUUUAGUACUCACCACAAUCAUUGAAAUUAUCAUUGCGAGAGAGUUAUCUCUUAUGAUCCAAGAUAGAUAUUCUUUGAGUUUUUUAACCUUUAUUUUAACUAAUGACAUAGAAAACAUGAUGAAUUGCAUCCACAUAUCUGUUGCCUAAAACUGUAAGACUCAGCCUUCCUCGGAAACUUAUAGAGCUCUUAAAAUGACAGGCACUAAUUAGCCUCACAGUCUUAAAGUGACAGACACUCAAUUAGACCUACACACCACCAAUACAAUGUAGCCUAAUGACAUUAAAGAUAAGUGUAUUAGUUU